UUCUCCAUCUACACGACACUGGCGAAGUACCUUGUACCCAGUUGGCACAAAUUAAAGCCAUAUAUUAUAAGCCAUUGAAGUUAUGGACUAAAGUCCUUUGCCUUUCCCAUUAGGGAUAAAUUAAUAUCAUCAUUUAUAUUAAAUAUUAACAUUAAGUUUGUAUUGUUUUGAUUUUUAAUGCAGUAAACACUAAACCGCUCUAAAACCUAAAAUCAAACUUAAAGAAAAUUAUGCCAUUUAUUUUACAAACUAAACAAGUUUUUCGCUAUUAAGUUUCCUUAUAUAUUAAGAUUUCUUUGGUUAAAAUUGUUUUAUGUCUGGAAGUUAACUAUAAUCUAAUGAUUUCAGAUAAGAAGUUUACGAUUUUUUAUAUGUGACUUGGUGAUAAGCAGAUUCUCCACAUUACUUAAAUAUUACUUGGAUUGAUCUAUACAAUGUUCGAUCAUUUUGUACAAAACCCAGGACCUGCCCCACCUCCAUCACCACCCAAAAAGGAACUUAAAUUUGAUAAAAAUUACUUAAAAACUACUCCAGGAAUCCUUCAGCUAGUAGAAGUGGUGUGUAAUUUCAUUGGAUUUAUUUGUAUCAAAGUUUCCUGGUCUUGGAUAUCUGCCAUAUUCUAUAACAUUUUGUAUUGGAUUGGAAACAUUUUAACAGUAUUCUUGUUUUUAAUGUACCUCUUUCAUUUUGUUGAAAAGUAUGAUAAUAUACCAUGGCAAAAAAUUCAAUUUUUCUACUGCGUUGCAAUGAGUUUGGCUUAUAUUGGGACUUCUAUAUUUGCUACUACUAUUGGAGAAAGUGUUGGGUAUGCUGUUGGGUUUUUUGGAUUUUGUGCUAUUGUGGCAUAUGGUAUUGAUGCAUACUUAAACUACAAAGGUUGGAAGAGAGGGUUACCAGCACAAUAACAACAAUUUUAUCACACUUAGUCAUUUGGAAAAAUAUAACUUUUAUAGCUUUAAGCAACACAAGUAGAUUUUGUACAAUACAUUUCUAAAAUAUUUUUUUAUUAACUGGACCAGCAAAUAUUAAGGUUUAAUUUAAAUGAAGAUCA